GCCACCACUGAGGGUGCGAGCAUCCCCUUGGUUGCUACCCUACCGGCUAUUUUAACCCCGGUGCUGCCGUUGGGUCUAAGCUCAGUCCCAACACCCAGCGUCGUCAGCCCGUUCACGAUCCCCGUCCCUUCCGCUGGACCAAGGGUCACGUUCCACCAAGCAUGACUCAGUUCAUGAACGGUCCGGCCAACCUGCAGGCCAUCCAAGGGUUUGGCCAGGUCAUGGCCAUGUGCCAACAAAAUGGGGGGAUGCCAUUCCUCCCUAGCAUGUUUCCAUUCGCCCUCCCAGGUGCUGGAACGAUGCCUCUUCAAACUCCAAUGGCGAUGUCGCUGUUCCAGACACCAUGGCCACAGCCUUCGCCUUUCCAGCCACAGGUGGUCAGUGCUGUGGCCCCUGUCAAUUUGACCGGUGGACUCAACGCCGCCGGUCCAUCGCGCCUUCCACUGAGCGCCCAUCCCCAAACAACUCCAGAGGGUCAUUGCAUCUCUGUGGAAAGUGGUGAUGAAGAGUGGGAUGUCCCCAGAGCCCACAAGAAGAAGAAAGGAAAAGCCAUCCGGCCAGCAGUUUCCCGAAACUCCGCCUUCGAAAGGUUGGGGGAUAGAGAAGAAGGUCAGAGAAAGUCAGCCAAGCUGAGGCUGGGGCAAAGCGUUGCCCAUGCCAGUGCGUUCGCCCGGUUAGGCGAGGGGAGGGAGGCCGAGCCUACCCGUACCCAGCGCUCCCGGUCGAACCGGCAGGAGGUCGUGAGGACGAGGGUCUCCCGUCAAGAAGAGGAAGCUGAGAGCCAGCCUAGGGGACCGGUGGCUAACCGGCUGACUGUCCCAAAUGAUCGCGUCCAACAGAUGGAGGCAAAACUAGAGAGGCUGGAGAAAAGAGUAGGGGAAAAGAAUGACCGGGACAAACCCCUCGCUGGGUCCCCGUUCACUACAAGGGUUCAUCUGACACCUUUCCCGCGAAAGGUCAAGAUAGAUGCCCCAAGAUUCACCAGGAAGGAAGACCCAGAAAUCCAUCUAGACUCAUUCAACCAGAGUGCAACCAUGAACGGUUGCACAGACGAAGAAAAGUGCCUCCUUUUCUUCCGAACCUUGCGGAACCGGGCUACUGAAUGGAAGAAAUUCACCUAUCUUAGUACAGCCGGGCAGAGGGAAUCUGAGAACCUCACUCAAUUCCUUACCCGGUGGAAAGAAGAGGUAGACAAGGUAGAAGAGAUGGACGACAAGAUGGUGUUGUCCCUUCUCUUGAAUGGCUUACGUGCCAGGGAACUAUACAAGGAGUUCUGCCGAAAGCCCCCGGCCACGUAUCAAGAAGCCUAUCACACUGCAUGGGAGUUUGCUGAGGCUGAAACCCAACUUCGGGCGAAGAAGGAAGCUGAGCAUGGUUUCAAGCCUAAGCCGGUGCAAGUCAAGAAGGAGGAAGCACCGGGACCUAGCCGGCCAAGGCAUCACUAUGACCCGGUCGUCCGCAUGGUCAACACAGAAGAAUCCCAAGAGAUAAGGAAAGCACCGGUCAAUCCUCCGGAAAACCCUACCGUUCAACUAGGACGACAAUGGUCGGGCACAUAUUGUUCGUUCCAUAAGUCAGAUUCCCAUAACACUUCCGAGUGCAAGAGCGUUAAGGGAGUCAUCCGGAAAAUGAUAGACAGCGGAGAACUGGGCAAAGAUUAUUUGCAAAAAGCCCAGGAGAAGAGCAAUGGACCUGAAGGUGGGGAUUCAGCCGCGCAACGGAAGAAUUGGGUCCGCAGCAUUUACGUUGGUGAAGUAAGUGCUGAACCGGCCAGGCGUAAGCAGACCAGUGAAGAUCAUAAUGAUCCUUUGGUUAUCACCAUGGACAUUAAUGGGGUGGAUGUUGCCCGGGUAUUAGUUGACACCGGUAGUAGUGUCAACAUUCUGCGACCAGAGGAACGCCCGGGAGUGCUAUGCCCGGGCAGUCAAGAAGAUGACCAAGGGGGUCAAUGUCAUCUCCCAAAAAUCACAAAGGGAGAGACCCGGGAGAAACUUGAGCCCGAGGCCGAUACGGUGGAGAUCGAACUUCACCUGGGUGAUUCUUCAAGGAUGGUCAGAAUUGGAGCAAAUCUCCCAGAAGAUCUCAAGGCGGAGAUUACACGGGUCCUCCAAGAGUACGCGGGCAUAUUUGCGUGGAGCGUGGCAGAUAUGCCUGGAAUUGACCGCUCAAUCAUCUACCACCGGUUGGCAGUGAGGGACGGAAGUCGACCGGUACGCCAGAAGAAGAGGUACCUAGCCAGUGACCGGCGAGACUUCGUCACGAAGGAGACGUACAGUUAUGCGUUGGGUAUGCCACUAAGCAUAUUUAGAGAUGUGAAUAACAGAGAUACAAGAUCUGUCCCUUCUACUGUAUAGAAGUAUAAUGUCAAUGGGCCCACUGAAUAGUAGGACUUGGGAAAGUGCAUGGCCAUGCCCAGAUAUGUCGCUAUCUAGAGACUGAUAAAUAUCUGAUCCCUGCGAGUCUACUUGAGAUUCAGUAACAGCUGAUUUAACUAUACAAGGAUAUACAUCCCAUGCCUUGUGUUAAAUCAUGACAUUUAGGACAGAAGGAUAAUAGUU